UUCUAGCCGUUCUGCUACAACAAGUUGUGAAGUAUGAAAGAGCGAAUCGACUUUUCUGGCGUCUGUAAAUCAUAAAUCCGCCGCUCGGCUCUUCAUCCGAAGCGAUGUGAAGGAGGGUCGGCUCGUUCGGGACCGCCUGGAGCUCCAUGGCAAACCGGGCAACUUCGAAUUUGGCUCCUAAUCCGCCUCGAACCAUGGCUGCCCAGUCAAGCUUGCGUGAAGAGCUGAACGUCCUGCGGAGGAGGGAGUGGGAGAGGAGGAACCAGGAGGCCCAGCAGGACCGGGAGCUCUACCAGGAGAGCACACCACUCUUCGGGGAGCCCUACAAGACAAACAAAGGAGACGAAUUGUCCAGAAUUGUCCAGAGGAUGCUGGGAAAUUACGAGGAUGGGAACAACUCUCAGUAUAGCCAGUACGAUGGGGUGACCAAGGACCGCCCGUCUGCAUCAUCGCACGGACGUUCAGGGCACCCCGCGCACAAGGACAAAACCGACCCCUCAUUCCAGAACUCCUCCAGUUACGGUACCGCCCAGUCGGGCCUUCCCGGGCACGGCUCGGCACAGCCCUCCAAGAAGUACCCAGUUCCGGACGGUCACGGCAAAGAGGCUCCUCUGGAAGCCCACCAGAGGAAAACGGACGCUUGGCCGGAUAUGAGAGACUACGCCACCUUACCGCCGGUUCUUCCGGACCUUUCCCCGCCUGCCGAGCCCCUGUCCCCUUUACAUUCCAGCGAGUCCAGCGACUCGGAACAGGACACGGACAACGAGAACCACCGCUCCCUUUCUCCCAAACACGACACUUCCUCUGGCAGGAUGGAGCCGCCGCAUCACCCUGAGGCCCAGAAAGAGGUUCACCAGCUGACCGGAGAUGUUCCGCCAUUGACUUCCCAAAACUUCCCGCUUCCGCUUUCCUCCAAGCCCAACCUGGCCAACUCCAGGAAGCCCAUGGCGUUGGUCAGACCCAUGGACGGCCCAGACCAGGUGACCAGCGAGUCUCCGGACCUGAAACCGUCGCCCGAGGACUUCCACGGACAGUCUUACGAGAGCUUACCUGACCUGAAGAACGGCAGCAAGCCGAGCCUUCCUCCGCUGAAGAUGCCGCCACAGUCAGGGGAGACGUUGUCAAAUGAGGUUCAGUGUGUGGAGGAGAUUCUGAGGGAAAUGACCCACUCAUGGCCUCCUCUGCUAACGGCCAUUCACACGCCGAGCACUGCAGAACCAGCCAAGUUCUCCUUCCCCAACAAGGAGCCCCACCUUCACCCAGGAUACCAGCAGCCUCAGAUAGAGCGUCAUGACUCUCCGCUCAGAGCCCCUCUGUCCCCCUGCAGGCCAGACCCAGUUGUGCCUGAAGACGGCAGCGCGGCCGUGGUGGCGCCCUCCAGUGGAGGUGAGUCCGGCAGCUCUAGCGAUUCGGAAAGCAGCUCGGGGUCCGAAUCUGACAGCGAGAGCAGCGAGAGCGGUGCAGAGGAGAACCCACCAGCCCCCCGGGAAACCACACCAUCAGCCAAGGCUGAAGGUGUCAAAGACAUCAACUGGCAGUUAAUCACGUGGAUCAAGGAGAGCCAGCAGAGCCUGAACCCUCAGAGUCACAGCGAAGUUACCCCAGAGGCCAAAACCGCUCCGAGCGCCAAACCUCAGCCCCGCACCCAUCCGCAGGACGAGCCCAAACCCAAAAACAGACGGCACUACGGCUCUCACAGCCCCCCUGCACCGCCGCAGCCCGCUGACACCGACGCAGACGCAGAGGCGAAGUCUGCCAGCUUGAGCCAACACACUAGCAAACAUGCUAACCACAAGCCUGUUUCCAAGCCCUCGGAGGCGGGACACAGAAAGACUGUGGGAAACAAACAGCCGGGGAGGAGCAGCAAAGCCCCCCGGCCGGAGGAGGCCCACACCGGCCUGCGGGUCGAGAGCGUGGAGGUGACCCCGCGCGAUAAAGACUCAACGUUCACAGACAGACCGAAGGUCAAAACGAAAACCAGCCACAAAUCGGAAGGCAAGAGGUCGUCCAAGCACCGCUCAGACAAAAAGGAAGGGAAGGAUGCGGCUCCUAAAGCCACGGAGACGGAAGGAGAGAAGGAAGCCGAACCGGCCCCCCCUCCCAGCCCUGCUGCCUUACGCUCCGCCUUCCUGCCCCCCAAAAGCACCAGCAUCAUAAGUAGCGUUCAAACCGAAACCGUCACGCCCACAAAGAGCUCGAAAAAGAGCCACGCUCGCUCGCCCACCAGAGACAGGAAGAAAGAGGGGGUGUCCAGGUCGGCCCGUGACCCUCCGCCGAGCCUGGUAGUGAAGAUCGAGCUCAGCCAGCUCUCCAGAGUCCCGACGCUGGCCAAAGCAGCCAAGGCCAGCGAGGGGUCCUCGAAGAAGUCCAGCAAGGAGAAGGAGCACGGCUCUGCAGGCAAAGCGGGCAAGAAGCGACCUGCUGAGAAGGCCGAGCCGUCUGUGCCAAAGAAGAAACCAAAGCUGGAGAAGGAGAGCCGGACGUCCUCAUCCUCUCAGCACGGCUCCAAAACAGACGCCCCCAGGACCAUCACUGAGGCCAAGGAGAAGAAGAGCAGUAAGAAGGUCCUUCCUCCUCCUCCUCCUCCUCCUCCUCCUCCUCACUCGUCUCAGGAGCAGCCGAAGGUUUCGGGACACAAGCGCCGCAGUGGGGAACCGGAGGAGAGCGGCUCCGGCAGCAAGCACAAGAAGAGGAGCUCCAGCAGGCAGGAGCACAGCAAGAGUGAGAAGAAGCCACCAAAAAGCAACGUAAGCUCCUCAGAGACCCCCACUUCCUGUACAGCCCCAGCGACGCACAGACCGCUGCUGAAGUUUGAGGACAGGCAGUUCUCUGUGGAUCACCACAUGAAGGAAGCCAAAAAGCUAAAGCACAAAGCCGAUGCCACGCUGGAUAAAAUGGGAAAAGGCUUGAGCUACCUGGAUGCUGCCAUGUCCUUUGUGGAGAGCGGCAUCGCCAUGGAGACGGAUCCCCACACGCCCAAGUCUGCGUACACCAUGUUCUCUGAAACUGUAGAUCUGAUCAGAUUCAUCCUGAAACUGAAGAACUACUUGGACCCGUCAGCUCCGGCAUCUGAGCGCGACUUCCUCGUCCUCUGUAUGCGCUGCCAGGCUCUCCUGCAGAUGGCGAUGUUCCGCUGUAAGAGAGACUCUGCGCUGAAGUAUUCCCGCACACUGACCGACCACUUCAAGAAUUCAAAGAGCGUGCAGGCUCCCUCCCCCUGCAUCUCAAAAAGUACGGGCACACCUUCCCCCAUGUCCCCGAUGCCGUCUCCUGCGAGCUCGGUCAGCUCAGGCGCUGCCUCCAACACAGGCAGCAGCAGCACUGUGGCCAUUCCACAGGUCAUCCAGCAGGUGGCGUCCUCCUACGUCAACAUCACCGCCCUCUUCCUCAGCGCUCACGACACAUGGGAGCAGGCUGAGGAACUCGCACGGAAAGGCAGCGGUAUGCUGAGUGAGCUGGACGCUGCGCUGGGGCAGCUGAGUCUGACGUCUGGAAUGACCCCUCUGGUCCGCUACACCCGCCAGGGCCUUCACUGGCUCAAGCUGGACGCUUUGAACGCUCGCUGACCCCCGCUGGCCGAAGGGGGAACCGGUCCCUUUUAGUUUGGUAUGGUUUUACGUUCUGUUGUGGUCGGUGAGGAAGAGAGGGGCGGGACGUUCCCGCGUCGUUCCUUUUGCACUUUGUUCUGAAAGAAGCCGAGUCUGCGACCGGACGCUUUCGCCAUUAAUUCUGCACACGGAGAGCGUGCCUAAUAAACUGACCCGACCGGAUCAUAUCUGCGCCACAGACGCUGUUAGCCCACUGUGUUUAGGGAAAGCCACGAGUGACCAAUGAGGACUGGACGGGACUUUUUUGGUUUUGUUUUUUUUUGUACUACCUUUGAGUGAGUGAGAUCAAGCAGCCUGGAACACAGAACAGUCUCUGUUCUCUCUCACUGUGAUUCACUCUGGGAGAGAGAGGCUGUGAAUAUGAGCUCCACACUACAGACGCCCGUCUGCGCCGAAGCUUCCUCUCGGUCCCUCACCUGAUGAUGAUGAUGAUGAUGAUUAUGAACUGAAAACAAACUCUGGACACAUAUCUGGGCCGUGGUCCUCUUGCCUGUGGUAAAAACCCUACAGCGAUCUCAAAAUUAUUUAUUUUUGCCUAUAUUAUUAUUAAUAUUGUUAUUAUUAAUGCAGUUUAUCAUCAGUAAUAUAUUGAUCAUGUUGAAUGAUUUUGUUUUUCCGCCCUUAAACUGGUAUUAUGUUGACUUUGGAAACACCAGCAAAGUGUCGAGGCUUCCAGGACACGCUUUUAUUUUUUAUUUCUUAUUUUUUAAAGUUAAAUUCUCUUCCCCAUGAACUUCAGUCUUAUCACGCUUCAGUAUUUUAAGUCUUCCCUGUUCAGAUUUAGACAUUUUUGAUUGAAGUAAGGGUGUUUUUCCAAAAAACUUCUCCAUAGUUCAGUGUUUGAGGUGUAAACAGAGUGAUUCAGAGUGGUUUGGUGUGAAAUGGUUCAGGUGUCUUCACAGUGGUGCUGAUAGGAACCAGGGGUCGCCAUGACUACAACACAAAUAUAGACAUUUUAUUUACUAUCCAGAACCACCAGUGAACCUACACGAGUCUUCUGAGUUUAUAUGGAAUGUUGAUGAUGGAAGAUCUGAAAUCUUUGGGGACUAUUUUGCCUCACAGCGCCCUGCAUGUAUCCCUCCACCAUGAAUGGAGUUUAAGUUCUCUAAACUAUCAUAAAACAGUGUCUCAGUCAUCAGGCAGUGAAUUCAUAACCAUUUCAUGUAGGAACUUUCUGUGAGGGAGCUUUUAGAGGUGGACGUCUGGUUCCUAUCACCACCACUGUGAACAGUUCUGACUCAGUAAGUUUAUCUAGAACAGAGCGUUUCACACCAAACCACCCUGAACCACUCUGAACCACCCUGAACCUCUCUGAACCGCUCUGAUUAUUUCUUAACAAUUACUUACAGUUAAUUAUGGAGGAAAUUUGAGAAACUGGUGGCAUUCCCCUUCAUUCCAGCGCAAUAGAGCCUGAAUGCUGAUCACUGCGCUUUCACGUCUGCUUCUCCUCGAGUCGUUGCUUCUUAAAUCUGGUACUUCAUCGUUCGCCAAUCAGGAGGUUAUAAAAUGUGGUCCUACCUCAAGCACAGUGUGUAAGUGGAGGCAGAACAGCAUACAGACCCUGAGCACCCCCCCCCAAAAAAAAACCAAAUGCAGACACAGUCCCGCUCUGUGAUUAGACACGUGCCUUAAACUGACCUGCUGUUUCUGCAGAAGCGCUUUACUUAUGCUGCUCAUAAGACUGCACGGCACCUGAUAUAAACAGUUAUAAACACUUUAUAAAUAGCCCUCAUUUAUAAUUAAUGUUGCAUUUGGCAGCUUUACUGUCAAGCUGGCACAACAUCUGUAUCAGACAACAAUGACUUCAUUCUGAUAUUUGGGUUUGGUGACACUUUCUGGGGUGAAACAACCAACUCUGUGUCUCAGUCUGCCUUUAUAACAGAUAUAAAUGCCUUUAUAACAGAUAGUGCCCAGUAUAAUAAGCCUUUAUAAAGGUUUAUCUGCACUCUUAAAAAAGAUGGUUCUUCAAAGGUUCUUUAGUGAAGACAACGGUCCUGUAUAGAACCAUGAACACUUCGCAGUGUUGGUUCUUCAGAUUUAUGGGCAAUGUGUUAGUUCUGUAUAGCUCCAAAAAAAAAAGGUUCUUCUGUUGUUACAAGCUUGACAUUGUAAUAAUAGAAGAACGCUUUUUGGUGCUGUAUAGAACCAUUUGCAAAAAGGUUCUAUAUAGAGUCAUAUACAACACAUUCUUCAUCAAUCUGAAAAAUUAUUUCAUGCUUAAAGGGUUCUUUACAUGUUUUUUUUCUGAAUGGAACCAUGGCCUUUUUCUAAGGAACUCUUUAAGCAUGAAAUGGUUCUAUAUAGAACUCAUGGUUCUAACUAAAACCAUUGUCUUUACUAAAGACCCUGUGAAGAACCAUCUUUGUUAGGUGUGUGUGUUUGUCAGGUGUCCUGCAGCCUCAUGAAGACUGACCUGCAUUAAUGAGACGACCUCAUACAGGGAUUAGGAUUUAUUUACAGUUGGUUUAUUAAUGGUUAUUAAUUUGGUCAUAAACCUAAUUAAGUCAUUAAUAGGCCAUUAUAACACUCAUAAACAGGACGACAGGUGUUUUAAGGUGUUGGUGACCUAAUUAACAUCCAUUAACACAGUAAUUUUACAGCGUCUAUAAAAACCGUGGUGGUGAGUGACGUGGAGCAGACGGCGCAGCUGGAUAAGAAGCUGAAUGUAUCCUCGAUACGGAGAACGUUUACACACAGAACCCUGGGGAGAAACGCUGAGAGAGUUUAGAACGCUCAGAGUUCUGGUUCUGCUGCUGAGCUUUGUGCGUUUCCACUUCAGCAUAAAUGCACCUUUUUUUCUCACGCUGUCAGAGAAGCUCUGAGAAGCUCCUGUGAAGCUCCUGAGAAGCUCCUGUGAAGCUCUGAGAGGCUCUGAGAAGCUCUGAGCUCUUUCGGAAAGAGCUGUAAAACAGAACCUGCUGCUUUCAGAACGAGUCAGACGGAGAUGAAGGAGCCGGAAUCUGAUCAGAGUUUAGUGCCUGUUCACUGUUCACUGCACAGCUUCAUGCUGAGGACCCUGCUCUGAGGGUGUUUCUCUCUUGCCUCUCUUUCUUUCUUUCUUUCUUUCUUUGUGAAUUCACUCAGAGCUCCAGGCAGGUGGUGUAGCGAUAGGUUCUCCAGCGUGAUGUUCUACUUUAGCACUAGGGCUGGGACGAUACAGCAGAGAGAAUCACGAUGUUUAGUAGUUGUGAGUUUGUACACUUAAAAAGCUCCAGUUGUGCCACAUUUAACAGUAAGACCAUCGUAAACGAUGAACUGUGUAAUUAUGAUGUUUCACGCUGCACUAAAUCAGCUCUGCUGGACUCGUUAUGCUCUGUGUGAUGAUGAGAUUCAGUGCUGACGAUGUUUAUGAUAUUAUCAGAAAUCGUGACGUAAUUUAUCACAAUAACGAUGAUAAUCAUCUUUGCUGCCCCUUCAUUCCGACUGGAUCUCGUCGGCUGGGUUUUUGUUGCACUUCACGAUCGACGACAGCAGCGUUAAAUGAAAUCGACACUUUAAAUUUUUGUUUUUUUGUUUUUUUAUUAUUUUUUUUCCGGAACACAAAGCUGUCCAGAUUCCGCUCUUUUGUCAGUUUUCCAUUCUCCCAAACCCGCUUUUCCUUCUUUCUUCCUGACUUGUGGUUGAUUUUGGGUUUCCAGCAAUAAUAAGGAGGUGAUUGACAGUCUGUGAUUCCUUCUCUUCUUGUGGUUUGAGAGUUGAUUGAAUAAAGUCCGCUGGACUCGUUCGUGAUGGACCUUUCCGUGCCAAGUGGUAUUCCCUACUGAAAUUCCCUUUCCGGGAUUCCUGUACUGGAAAUUAUGAACUAGGGGCCGACUGGAAUUUCAACAGGAGGCGGAGCGUUCGAUAGGAAAGCUGGGAUUUAAGGGCUGCACAUGAAUUAUUAUUAUUAAAUAUGUAUUUAUUUUACGGUGAUUCUCAGCUGUGAAAGGAGGAUUAAUGUUCUGAUUUAUUGCUCUUUUUUUGGUUUGUUCUUCCAAAGAAGCUGCUUUUAUUGGAUCAUGGUUGGUCAUUAUUUCUCGGCUCUGCUCACCAAAUCAGUUUGUCGUCUUCUGUUUUUUUCCGCAUCGCGUUUUAGAGCCUCGUUUUCGACUCAGCCUUCGCGUCCUGUCGCGUGCGAGAGGCUGUGCUGCGUGUGAUGUUAACGCGUUAGCUCUUGACUCUCGCGCAGCUUCACUUGGCGAUGACUGAAACUGUUGACCUGUUUUGUAACUGAGCUUUUCUGCCUUUUGGACAAAAUGUAAAUAUGAGGAUGUCGAUGUACAGCAGUGUGUAAAGAACCGCAGUGAAAUUUAGUUUCUUUAACUCACAAAAACAGAAACAGCCUUUUUUUUUCCAAAGCUGUGUUUUU